AUGAAUUUCGAUGAUGGCCAUCACUCGUCUGUCCCGCUCCAGUGGGGUAUGUCUUCGAGCUCAAACCACCGCUCUUCUUUUUCUUCCGACUUCUCUGUCGCUACCUCGCAGAUCAGCAAUGGCCCUCUGUCGCCCAUCAGCACGGGCAUCGACAUACCCAUUUCUGCCUCCACAAAUGCUGAAACCUAUCUGCUCACCGCGCCCAGCAGCCUGUCCUCUGCGCCACCAUUGGAUACCUCGACAUCGUCAUCCUCUGCCACCCCAGAGAACUCCACAUCGCCAGUUUCGCAUGGCUCGCAUGCGUAUGGGACCAAUGAUCUCGUUGAUUCAGACGUAGGGCCGGACAGCCCUCUCGGACAUAUGAGUGAUAUGCAUUGGGAGACCGCCGAGAUCGACCAUUUGCAUAUUCCCAAGCUGGAACCCAUCGAUGAGGACGACUUCCGCCUAGAAGACCUGAAAGAGGCACCUGCGCACCCCGAAGCACGUGGCGAGACUGAGAUUCUUCCUCAGUCCAAAGUCAAACGACCUCGAGGACGACCUCGGAAAAUUGGCGCUAUUCCCACUUCGGCCUCUGUGAGCAAGAUGAACAAGGGCCGGUCCAAGACUGGCUGCAUCACCUGUCGCAAGCGGAAAAAGAAGUGCGAUGAAGCCAAGCCAAGAUGCUUGAAUUGUGAGAAGAACGCCGUGAUAUGCGAAGGCUAUCCCGAAAAGCAGAUCUGGAAGAGCGGCAAGGAGAAGGCCGAAGAAGAGCUUCUCAAGAACCACAGCCUGCCGAUUAUCACCAUGCAGCCCAUCUUCACCGGCUUGGAAACAUCAGAGGACCGUAUCUUCUGGAAGCACUACAACGACCAUCUUAGUGCCGUGUUCACCGUCGAAGGAGAGCAAAAGAACGCAUUUCGAGACAAGCUCGUGCCCCUGGCCACGAGGCAUCAGGGCAUGAUGCACUCGCUCUUGUCCCUCUCCAGCAAGCACCUCGACUAUGACACGCCCUACGGCGCCAAGAUCCUUCAGAGAACCACCAAAGUUACUGCCGAUUCUCUACAACGACGUGGAAGCCACCAUAACAGUAUGGCCGUGAAGUCUCUUUACGACGCCAUCAGUGAGGACCGGAAUAACAACGUCGACCCGAACGUGAUGCUUGCUGCCCGCUAUGGCCAGAUGCUGUGCCUGGUGCUGGAGUCCCUGGCCGAGGGAGUAGGCAUCGGGGGAAGCGACUCGGAUUUUUACGCCUUCAUUGUCGAGAUUUUCUUCUAUCACAUCUUUGCCGAUGACCUCCUGAGCUUCCCACCACACACAAAUCGCGCCUAUGUUGGUGGCAGUGACUGGACUCCGCCUACACCAAUUCAUGCACCACGACUCAUCGGCGUGGCUGAUGGCCUUUUCAACCACAUUAGUGAAAUCACCAACAUUCGAAUUCGCAUCCGUGAAAGAAUCGAAAACAACACUGAUCCGAGAGUAGACUAUGACAGCCUGUAUCGUGCAUCUGAUAUCGAGUCUAGCAUUCUCGACUGGUCGCCACAAUGGCCAAUUGGCGAUAGCCGGGAAAGUGUUACGCUGCUUUAUAAACAGAUGACCUGGCUGUAUCUGAAGAUGACGAUAUGUCCGCCAUCUUCGAGCCCGGAUUCAGCACCGACUAUCUUGACGCGGGCUGGGGCUACCUUGACCGACACGCCCCCGCGGUCAGCCUCGUCUAGCCCGGCUUCUUCACCGUCUCCAGGAAUAGAUGCAAGGGUAUGUGAUUACGACAACAUGGACGACUCGCGUCGCCCUUCGUUAGCCGACAACGGGGCUAAAAGCGACGCCUCCCCCAGUUCGCAAAUCGACGAAAAUGUGCAAACAAUCAGACAAAACGGUAGCAGCGAUUUGCGUGCAUCUCCACCACCAAUCCGCCGUCCAACGAACUACGAGCCGGUGGUAAACGUGGCCGUGGACGAAACCCUGGCGCUUCUCGAAUCCUUCCAACCAAGCGACCCAGCCCAGACCCUUCUGCUGCUUCCUUGUGUUGUCGUGGGUACCGCCUGCUAUGCACCAGCUGAGCAGGCUCGGAUCUGUGAAGCCAUCCACACCAUCCACGGCUACACCGGACUCCGAAACACGAAUCAGGCCCUAGAGGUCUUGAACGAGGUGUGGAGGCUCAUGGAUGCGGGUGAAUAUCUUCUCGCAUGGGACUGGCAAGCCGUGGCAUACAAGCUGGGGCAUGGAUCUCUUUUUUGA